AAAGUGAUGCCCUCAACUGCAGAUCGGCUCCAGUGAUCCCACCCGGUCCAGACACAGACUCUCCAACAUGUCUCUCAGCACCAGAUCCUACAGCAAGAAGACCAUGAGCGUCUACGGCGGCGCCGGAGGCCGCGACACCCGCAUCUCGUCCUCCCAGAUGAGCUACGGACUGCCCUCCUACGGGGGCUUCAACCUCUCCGACGGCCUGGACCUCCACGUCAGCGCCAACGAGAAGGCCACCAUGCAGAACCUGAACGACCGUCUGGCCUCCUACCUGGAGAAGGUGCGCACCCUGGAGAAGGAGAACGACCGCCUGGACAAGCAGAUCAGAGAGUGGUACCAGAACAGGACCGUGAUCAGCCACGACUACAGCAGCUACUUCGCCAUCAUCGAGGACCUGAAGGACAAGAUUCGUAUCGCCUCCAGGCUCAAUGCCAAGACUGUCCUGGACAUCGACAACGCCAAGCUGGCUGCUGAUGAUUUUAAAGUGAAGUUCGAGAACGAGCUGUCCAUGAGGAUGGCCGUGGAGGCCGACAUUGCCGGACUGAAGAGGGUGCUGGAUGAGAUCAACCUGUCCCGGAUGGACCUGGAGAGUCAGUAUGAGUCCCUGAAGGACGAGCUCAUCAUGCUGAAGAGGAACCACGAAGAGGAGUUGGCUCUGCUGAGGAGCCAGAUGGGCGGCCAGGUCAAUGUGUCUGUGGACGCCAGUCCAUCCACAGACCUGAACCAGACCAUGACGGAGAUCAGGGAACACUACGAGGGCGUGAUCAACAAGAACCGCAAGGAUCUGGAGUCGUGGUACCAGAGCAAGAUCGCAGCAGUGGAGCAGGAAGUGAUCACAAGCUCAGAGAUUCUGGUGACAACCCGCACGGAGAUUAAGGAACUGAAGAGCACCCUCCAGAGGCUCCAGAUUGAACUGCAGUCCCACUUGAGCAUGAAAGCGUCUCUGGAGGGAACCCUGGCAGAGACCCAGGCACGGUACGCUUCACAGCUCGCAAGCCUGCAGGCCGUGGUCACCAGCCUGGAGGCUCAACUGACCCAGCUCCACGCCAACAUCGCCAGCAACAAGCAGGAGUACGACAUGCUGCUGGACCUCAAGACCCGGCUGGAGCUGGAGAUCGCCGAGUACAGGAGGCUGCUGGAUGGGGAGGAUGAGAGCUCCAAACAAGUGGUCACAAAGGUCAUCACAGUGGUGGAAACAGUUGUGGAUGGAAAGGUGGUGCAAAGCAGCAAGACCGUCGAUGUGGAUGUGGAUGAACUGGAGUAAAAACUGGAAGAAUUGGCAAAAACCAAUAAAGAUCAUGCAGUUGAACUUACA